UUUUUCUUCAUUCCCUCCUUCAUUGUCAUCUGGGUGCAAUUCCAUGAGCUGAAGGACAACACAAAAUUGUCACUUUCUUUUCAUGACUCUGUAAGUUUGUUCAUUGCGAUAAUGGGUUAUUGCAAAGAAGGGUCGUCUUAUUAUAACGUUCUUGGUGUUAGUUCGGAUUCUAGCGUGGAAGAGAUAAAGCGUGCUUACAGAAAGCUUGCUAUGCAAUGGCACCCUGAUAGGUGGACAAAGAUGCCUUCUUUGCUGGGAGAAGCCAAACACAAAUUCCAGCAAAUUCAAGAAGCCUAUUCGGUGUUGUCGGACAGUAAGAAAAGAACUCUGUAUGAUGCGGGUUUGCAUGAUCCUCAAGAGGGAGAGGACGAGGGGUUUUCUGAUUUUAUGGAAGAAAUGUUGUCUCUCAUGGCUCAAGCGAGGAGAGAGAAAAAACAUUACGAUUUGAAAGAGUUGCAGGGGAUGUUGAUGGAAAUUGCUAAAGGAUUCGAGUGUCCUUCAAUGUACUGUGGGGUGCCCUCUGCGAUUGAUGAGUCUCGAUGCUUAAAGAAGACUCGUUUAGACAAGAGCACGGGGGAGAAUAAGGGGUCACAUUUUCAAGUACCUGAUCUUAACCUCUAUUGCAGUUAAAAGUUUUUUGGGUUUUUCUGUCAAAUUUUGGUAACAGUAGAAGAUAUUUUGAACACUUAAUAUCUUGUACAUAUUUGUUGUAGGUGUUAAACUUCCUGAGAUGUUAGUGUGAGAUACAAAAGUUUACUCUCAAUUUCUGUAGCUUGUAAAUGAAAUCUUCUGUUGGAAAUUAUGUAUGUAGGGAUUUUCUG